CUCUGACUCAGAGCAAGCGUCAUACUCUGUACUUUGUACUCUGACUCAGAGCAAGCGUCAUACUCUGUACUUUGUACUCUGACUCAGAGCAAGCGUCAGAGCAACUCUGAGCUUCAUGGACGUCAUAGUUCAGGUGUUGGUUGUGGUGCUUGCGAGCGCCGGGCGCGGGGGCCCCGUGGGUGAGAACAAUGCAGGCGAGUGUGACGUCGGGCAGUUCGCCUGCGGGACAGGCGAGUGUCUGCCGCUCUCCGUGCGCUGCGAUGGUGACAACGACUGUGGCGACUAUAGUGAUGAACGUGACUGUGAGGCUUGCAGAACUGGCUUCCUGUGCGGUGACCGCAGCUGCAUUCCUGCAUCAUAUCGAUGCGACCGCGACCCUGACUGUCCGGACCUGUCCGACGAACAUCACUGUGAUGUUCAUGAAGGCAACGAAGGAAGCUCAUGCGGCGCAGGCUUGUUCCGCUGCCAGAACGCAAGGUGUGUCAGGGCGACCUACUUUUGUGAUGGUGACGACGACUGCGGGGACGGCAGCGACGAGCGUAACUGCACAGGCGAUUCCUGCAGCGCCUCCCAGUUCGCCUGCGCAGGCGGCGGCUGCGUCCUCGCAGGAUAUCGGUGUGAUGGUGACGCAGACUGCGGCGAUGGCAGUGACGAGUUACACUGCGGUGGCGGGUUGUGCACGGGACAACAUGAGUGCGGUACCGGCAAGUGCGUGACGUGGCGCUACGUCUGUGAUGGUGACGACGACUGUGGUGACGGCAGCGACGAGCGUGACUGCUCAGGGCCGGCCUGCCGCGGCCACCGCUGCGACGGCGGCCGCUGCCUGCCCGUCGUCCUGCGCUGCGACGGCGUCAGCAACUGCGACGACAGCAGCGACGAGGCCCACUGCGGCAACACCACGCAGGCGUGUGGGGAGCAGCAGUUCAGGUGCAGCAGCGGCCGCUGUGUGCUGCGCUCGUGGCGCUGCGAUGGCGAGGACGAUUGUUUGGAUGGCAGCGAUGAGUUCAAUUGCACGUGUAGCCGCGGUCUGCACCGGUGCACGUCAGGACGAUGCAUCCCCACGCAUUACGUGUGUGACGGCGACAACGACUGCGGCGACAACAGUGACGAGGGCGACUGCGAUUGUUCAGCGGGCGAAUUCCAAUGCGGGAACCUAAAGUGCAUCACAGUGACCCAUCUCUGCGACGGUCACCCCGACUGUCGUGACGGCAGCGAUGAGGCCAACUGUACCGCUGGCGAGUGUCGGGGGUUCAGCUGCGGCAACGGGGGGUGCGUCGCCCCCCUCUUCCGCUGCGACGGCGACAACGACUGUGGCGACAACAGUGAUGAGCGCGACUGCGUGGCAACCGCCAGCGGCGACUGCGCGGCUGGGGAGUUCGCCUGCGCCAGCGGCAGGGAAUGCGUGGCCGCUCGCCUGCGCUGCGACGGCGGCCCCGACUGCCACGACACAUCAGACGAGCGCAACUGCACGGCAGCGGAGUGCGUCUCAGGCUUCCUGUGCGGCAACGGCCGCUGCAUCGCCGGCCGCCUGCGCUGCGACGGCGACGACGACUGCGGUGACGGCAGCGACGAGCUCUGUGAGGGCGCAGGCGAGGCGUGCGGGGCGUUCGAGUUCGCCUGCAGCAACAGGCGGUGCGUGCCGCAGUGGUUCGUCUGUGACGACGAAGACGACUGCCUGGACGAGUCAGACGAACGCAACUGCACUGACCAAAUCUGCGGCAAAGAGCAGUUCACGUGCAGCAACAACCGCUGUGUGCCUGCGCGCUACGUCUGCGACGGUGACAACGACUGUCACGAUAACAGUGAUGAGAACAACUGUACCGCUUCGUCCACUUUCCUUCCAUCGUCAACCUCGUCCUUCUCAACAUCUGCUUCGUCGGGGACGAUGUUCACUCAAGGAACGACUGCAGUAACUCCUACGUUUACAUCAUCGUCAAGUCCGACGAUCAUAUCUCCGUCCACGAUAUCAUCGUCAAGUCCGACGAUCAUAUCUCCGUCUACGACAUCAUCGUCAGGUCCGACGAUCAUAUCUCCGUCUACGACAUCAUCGUCAAGUACGACGAUGAUAUCUCCGUAUACGAUAUCAUCGUCAGGUCCGACGAUGAUAUCUCCGUCUACGAUAUCAUCGUCAGGUCCGACGAUGAUAUCUCCGUCUACGAUAUCAUCGUCAGGUCCGACGAUGAUAUCUCAGUCUACGAUAUCAUCGUCAGGUCCGACGAUGAUAUCUCCGUCUACGAUAUCAUCGUCAGGUCCGACGAUGAUAUCUCCGUCCACGAUAUCAUCGUCAGGUCCGACGAUCAUUUCUCCAUCAUCGUCAUCUGCGGUGACGUGUGAAGGUUUCCGCUGUGUGACGAGCGUGACAGGCGCAGACGACUGCCUGCCCGCCUGGCUGCGGUGUGACAGGAUCGUCGACUGCCUCGACGCCAGCGACGAGAGCAACUGCGAUCGAACAGGCGACUGCGAGCGAGACCAAUUCGCCUGCUCGUCAGGCGAGUGCCUGGCUCGUCGUCUGCUGUGUGACGGCGUGCACGACUGUCGUGCAGGCGACGACGAAAGUUUCGCUCUCUGCAGGCGAAUUUCAGGAAACUCGGGCUCUGGAGGGGCCCCAAGCUUGCCCCUCGGGGGGUCCUGCCCCCCCGCCCACUCCCUGGUGGGGGGCAAGUGUCUCAGGACACUCGACACACCCGCGUCCUGGACCCAAGCAAGUGUCCUGUGCAGGGACACUUAUAGUGAACAGCUGAGCCUGCGCUCCCUAGAGGACCUUUUUCUUGUUGUCAAGUAUCUCCGGGAAUAUGAUUCAUCGAACAGUUCAUAUUGGGUGGGAUUUUCGCACGACAAUAUGAAUAAUUCAGCGGCCUGGCGCUGGGUCACGGAGCGCCUAGACCCGCAGGAACUGCACCAGCAACCAGACCCGAUGUUGCUGGUGAUAGAUGGGACACGCGUGUGUCCUGCCAGUCGAACCAGUCCCGCCAGUCCUGUCAGUCCCACCGGUCCAACCAGUCCCGCCAGUCCCGCCGGUCCUGUCAGUCCCACCGGUCCAAACAGUCCCGCCAGUCCCGCCGAUCCUGUCAGUCCCACCAGUCCCACCACGCCCACUAGUCCCACAUGGGCGGGCGGGUCAACGUCGCGGGACGUGGCAGGCUUCCUGAGCCGCUCCCUGGACUGUGACCCGUCCAGCGUAUACCCGCUGUGCCAGACCCGUCUGGGGGACUAGACCCGUCUGAGGGACUAGACCCGUCACGACGCCAGGCCUGUAUGGGGGACUAGACCCGUCACGACGCCCGGCCCGUCUGGGGGACUAUACCCGUCACGACGCCCGGCCCGUAUGGGGGACUAGACCCGUCACGAGGCUAGACCCGUCUGGGGGACUAGACCCGUCACGACGCCAGGCCCGUCUGGGGGACUAGACCCGUCACGAUGUAGCAGCUGAUGCACUUGACGCCAGUUUUCUGAUGUAUAUAUUCUUCAUGUUAUACCAUUUUAACAUCUCUUAAGUAAUUGUACGACGGUUUUACAACAAUAGUGCGACAUGUCUGUCGCGGAAUUGUUUGAUCAAAACCGACAAUCAUAUUGUCGGUUAUUGUAUAUUGUAUUGACAAUCAUAUAGGUAUAUUACCUCACAUUGUAUUGUUUUUUUUCAAAACUUUAGUCAUACUUUCAACAAUAGUGCGACAUUUUCUUAGCAUAGCACAGUCUCGGAAUGUACCCAUGCCGCAAAAUCUACCUAUAAUUAGUAUUUGCCAAUAGUACGACACAAAAAAGAUGAACGCAAUUAUGCGACAUGCUAAUUAACGAAAAACUUCGUUAGAUUAAGGUUAGAGUUAGGGUUAGAGGUGUAAAAAUAAAUUUUCAUAUACUUUUUUACAAUUUUAUUAAGGUUGGGUCCUACCAGGAAAGGUUUUUUUUACCUUAAAUAAGUCGUUAAAAAACGUCAGCUAAUGAUUGUCGCGGCCUUACAAGUUUUUUGUAUAUAUUUAUAUUUUCUAGUUUAAUAACAGUAUGUAGAGUCUUAUAUUAGUCUAUUUUAUUAUAUACUAGUCUAUGUUGUCUUGCGCUUAUAUCACUGGCGAAGUUGAUGGCAUUAUAUGAAUAGCAUUAUGUUGAUGUACCGUAUUAUAUUGAUGAUAUUACGUCGAAAAUACUAUUAUGACUAAUAUCUAAUCUAUGUGAAAAAAGGGUGACGUCAUGAAAUUGAUGGAAAGAAUUACAGUUUUAAUUUUAAGAGAAGCAAUAACUAGUACGAAGCAGGAGUCAAGUUAGAACCUAGCCAACUAAUCUCACGCUAUAUUUCUCUCUUUCUUUUCAGAUUAAGGCUGUAUAAUAAAAAAUCAACUAAUAAUUUUGUUAUCAAAAAAGUUGUACGAUCAACAAGUGCAAUCAAAUAAUGAAAAAUCAUCAAUAAAAUGUAAGAGAAGUAGAAUUAAAAAA